AUGAGAUUUUUAGCAGCUAUUCCAGUGGUGCUUGCAGUUACUUCUGCAUACGCAGUUCCUCAUAAAAGGUUCAACAACGAGACGUCUUCUGAUGUCUUGGGUUACAAUGCGGACAAAGUUGCUACUUCGCUGGCUUCGUCGUCUGAUAUUGAUACCACUAUCACUAUUGACAAAUACGUCACUAUCAGAUUGCCAUCAAGUACCUUUACAGUUGCAGCAUCUGAAACUGGUGAUAUUGAGGCCAUUGCCUCUAGUGCAGAUGUGACUCCUAGUACCUCGACCGUCAUUGAGUAUGAAACUUUGACCUCUGGUAGUGAAACAAAAACAAUCGCAACUACCACUUAUACUACUGAGGUUCUUCCCACCGUCGAAGCCAGCAAAAAUACUACAACCACCGUUACUAAAACUGUUAGUGAGGAUAGUGGUUCCGGUAAUGAAGAGAGCUGUGGUGCAAACACCGUUACUGUCACUGUGACCAAGAGCGGUGCCUCAGAUCCAACUUCCACACUCUAUUUGACGUCUACUUUCACAACCUCCUACCCUAUUGAGGCUGUCUUCACUAACGGUGACGAUACUACUACACUUACUAGUUUUGUUGAGGUCACUUCGACUCUGCACUAUCCAAAGACUUCUGCAAGUGUAACGCCAACGCACAACAAUGGUACAUAUUCCUAUUCUGCGCCGUCCACUUCCGCUGAGUCAGAAGCUGCCCCAGUUAAAAGAAGAGGAUUUAUUUUCGAUUUCUAA